GUUGUUGUGACAGCAUACUUGGAAAGCUGUCAUGGAGGAGUUGGUGGAAGAUGACAUCUGUAUUUUGAACCAUGAAAAAGCAGAUAACACUCACAAGAGAGAUGGGGAGGUUCCUGUUUCAUCCUAUAGUGGAGAUGAGUCUGUUGCCUCACACUUCGCCCUUGUCACUGCAUAUGAAGACAUCAAGAAACGGCUGAAGGAGUCAGAGAAGGAAAACUCCUUCUUAAAGAAAAGAGUGAGAAUUCUGGAAGAGAAGCUCCUUGGCUCCCGGCUGGAGGAGGAGUGCAGCUCCGUUGGCCGGGAGCAGGUGAACAAGGCCUACCAGGCCUACCGAGAGGCCUGCAUUGACCGGGACGCCCUCCAGAGCAAACUGGAUAAAAUGAGGAAGGAAACUUCAGAAUCCUUGAAAAUCUUGAAUGAGCAGUUGCAGUCUAAAGAAGUGGAACUCUUACAACUGAGAACUGAAGUAGAAACUCAACAAGUGAUGAAAGAGCUGAAUAGUACUCAGUCUAGCUGGGAAAUAGAGAAGCUGAACAGCAACCUGAAAGUGCAUAGUCUGGAAAAGGAUCUAGAAGAGCUCAAGCAAGAGUGCAACAGUCUCAGAAAGGAACUGCAAAAAUCCAAGCAGAAGGACCAGGCUCAAGAAGAAAAUCCGCUAAAUGGGGACCUCCUUCAAAGCCAAAGCAUUCAGAGUGUGCAACAAGCAUAUUGGGAUCUGAAGAGAGAGAUGUCUAAUUUGCACCUAGUGACUGAAAUGCAAGCUGAGGUUCUACGAAAACUGAAAACAAAUCCAACAGCAACCAAGAAAGCUGCUUAUGCACCAGUACAGUGUGUUGAAGACUUGGAGAAGAACCUUACAAAGCUGCAUUUGACGACAGUCUAUAAAAAUCCAUCUCUUUCACAAAAUGAUCAAGUACUCUGCAGUGCUCUGCCCCUUCCUGUAAAAAUCCCAUCUGAGAGAGUGACUCUGCAAGCAUGGACAGAUGAGAGACCUAUUCCAGUUGAUGGGAAAACAUUCCAGGAACAGCAUUCUUAUGGAAAGAGCUCGCUGGAAGAUAAUUCCUGGGUAUUCCCAAGUCCUCCAAAGCCUAAUGAGAAUGCGUUUUGGGAAAUGAAAAACAAAACAUCCCUGUUAAACUGUCCAGCAGAUUACCUGGAUCAGUGUAAUCAAAAUUGCCUGCACAAGAGUUAAACAAUUUUUAGAAUGAACUGAAGCAUUUUUAGAGUGGUUCUGAAUAGGCACCUUAUUGCUGGAACUCUUUACAGAGGGAAAACAAUUAGUUGAAACUUGUUUU